AUGCCGCCCAAGAAGAAGGACGAGCCCGAUGAGGCCGUGGGUGCAGCGCGAUUCGGUCGCGUGCGCAACAACCUCAAGAUGGGCGUCGUCGGCUUACCCAACGUUGGCAAGUCAUCGCUCUUCAACCUGCUGACGGAUCAGUCCAUCGCCGCGGAGAACUUCCCGUUCUGCACCAUCGAACCCAACGAGGCGAGAUGCGCGGUUCCGGAUGAACGCUAUGAUUUCCUGUGCGACAUGUGGAAACCCCCGUCGGAGUACCCGGCCUACCUCCACGUCACCGACAUCGCCGGUCUGGUAAGAGGAGCGGCGGAGGGAGCGGGUCUCGGUAACGCUUUCCUUUCGCACAUCCAGGCUGUCGACGGCAUCUUUCACGUCGUACGCGCGUUCGACUCCGAGGAGGUCAUACACGUUGACGACUCCGUGGAUCCUGUGAGGGACCUGGAGACCAUCCAGGCUGAGCUCUGCGCCAAGGACAUGGAGUACCUCAGGAAAGCCGUCGAACAAGAAAAGUUGGACGUCAAGAAGAACCCGACGAUGAAGCUCAGCGCCCUGUUCGUCUCCACCAUGGACAAGGUGGAGGAGAUGCUGACCGACAAUUUACCCAUCCGCACGGGCGAGUGGACCACUCCGGAGGUUCAGAUGAUCAAGGAGAAGCUGGGUAGGUUGAUAACCACCAAGCCCAUCGUGUACCUCGUCAACCUUUCGAAGAAGGACUUCAUCCGCAAAAAGAACAAGUGGUUGGUGAAGAUCCACACGUGGAUCAAGGAGCACGGCGGCGGGGUCAUGAUUCCCUUCUCCGUGGAGUUCGAACAGGAGCUUUGGGAUAAACGUGAAGACGUUGACGCGACGAAAGCGUUCUUGGAUUCCGUGGAUGGCGCAAAAAGCGCGCUUCCAAAGAUGGUGGUCCAAGGUUACAAAGAGCUCAACUUGAUCUAUUACUUCACUGCCGGGGAGAAAGAGGUCAGGUGCUGGACGCUCUACGAGGGAUCGUUAGCGCCGCAGGCUGCCGGUGUGAUUCACAGCGACUUCGAACGGGGUUUUAUUAAGGCGGAGGUUGUCGCGUUUGACGACUUUAAGGCUCUGGCCAAGGGUAAAGGCAUGGCAGAGGUCAAAGCGGCGGGCAAAUACAGGCAAGAAGGAAAGACGUACGUGGUGAAGGAUGGGGACAUCAUUCACUUCCAGUUCAACGUCACCGCGCAGAAGAAGAAGUGAUGA